GCAGCAGCAGCGGUGUAUCAUAUGAAAUGGUUUGGCCCUCGGGGUUACAGGAAGUUGUAGCAGCUGCCAUGUUUAGCUGCUUUGUUGUAGAUUUCUUGUAGGUUUCCUGCAGAUUUUUUUAAGUGUUGCAAUGGAGACGAGCUGGAGUUCAUUUUUAUUUCAGCAGGCCAAUGAAGCCCUCCACCACCAGCAUCAGGUCACCCAGAACAGCCUGCUGCCCCUGCUCAACUCUGGCAAUGAGCCACAGGAUCAAAAGCCUAUUCUUCCCAUCCCUCUCGACCAGAAGCCCCCGGUCAUUCCUGCCGACCUCCUCAAGGACAGCAUGGCAGGCGGUACGGGAGGAGGGGGCGGCGGAGGCGGGCAGGUGGUCAUAAAGAAAGAGCCCAAGUCGAAAACGCCCUUCAUAUGCGGCUACUGCAACAAGGCCUUCCGGGACAGCUACCACCUACGGCGGCACGAGUCCUGUCACACCGGCAUCAAGAUGGUGUCACGGCCCAAGAAGACAACGACGGCGCCCACCAUGGUGCCUCUCAUCUCCACUGUGCCACGCGACAACAACGCCAACCCCUCUUACGUCUCCACUGUGGCGGGCAUCCUCACCACGGCAACGACCUCAGCGUCCACUGCCACGGGCGUGAUGUCGGCUCUGCCUCAUCAGCCCGCCGUGCCCAAGAAGCCCCCCAAGCCUGUAAAGAAGAACCACGGCUGCGAGAUGUGCGGUAAGGCCUUCCGCGACGUCUACCACCUCAACCGCCACAAACUCUCUCAUUCGGACGAGAAGCCUUUCGAGUGCCCCAUCUGCCAUCAGCGCUUCAAGAGGAAGGACCGCAUGACCUAUCACGUCCGUUCGCACGACGGAGGCGUGCACAAGCCGUACAUCUGCUCUGUUUGUGGGAAGGGCUUCUCUCGGCCAGAUCAUCUUAGCUGUCACGUCAAGCACGUUCACUCCACAGAACGACCCUUUAAAUGCCAAGUAACGGCCUGCACGUCAGCCUUCGCCACCAAAGACCGUCUGCGCUCGCACAUGAUAAGACACGAGGGCAAGGUCACCUGCAACAUCUGCGGGAAGAUGCUGAGCGCCGCCUACAUCACCAGCCACCUCAAGACUCACGGGCAGGCCAGCUUCACCUCACCCUGUAACAAAGACUCUAACAACAUGUGCAACUCCGUCACACCAGUCACUGUUUCUAGCGCAUCCAACACUACGGCCAUGAAUCGCGGCAUCGUCAGCAACCCCGUCACCAUCGCCGCCCAGAUGAACAUCACCACCAACACUGUCAACAUCACCUCCCCCGUCAGCCUCCAUCACCCGGUCACCAUAAGCGCGCCGGUCAACAUUGCCUCCAUCAACAUCCCAGCCACUGCGCCCAUGAACAUCACCCAUCCCAUCACCAUCACCUCGCCAAUGUCAAUGAACAUCACAGGUCCCCUCAACAUCGCCAUGAGAUCGAUGGAUAGCAUGCCUUUCCUCUCACAGGUCCUGCCUUCCUCUCCGCCCUGGUAGAACUGAGCCCUGCCCCAAAAACUCCCCACCUCUCCUCGUAAGCCUCAUGUCUCCUGUUAUAGUCUUCCUCUCCAACCGUGAGGGAAAAGAUCCUUGAGGAAUUGGGAAUGUAUUUGUCUGCAGCGACAAGGAAUACGGAAAUCACGUGGAAGUUAGUUGGUACUUUGCACGUCCUUCCUAAAGAAUAAGCAGAUCCAGGUUGAGUUAGUGAGGACAGAAAUGAAUGAGAAAUGCAUGGAGUGGAAGACUGACGUGCUGUAUGUUUGGUGAUUUUUCACUUUUCUAAUGCCAGAAAAUCCUUGCCAGUUGCCUGUUAGUAUUAACGGUUUGAGGACUUUGGCAUAUAUUAACUGUGAGGAUUUUAUUUUUGUUACAUUAGCUUGCUUAUCAGUAUUUCAUAGUUUUAUGCAUUUUAAUGAGUCGUGUACAACAAAAGGGACAGUGGCUUCCGUUUAUGGAAGAUGAGACGGUUUUAUUUGUUUUGAGACAAUACUCUACAAAUGAGGAAAACUAAAGUUUUAGAAUGAGUUUUUAAAAGGCUUUUCUUUGUGAGCCUUUUAAUCUGUAGCUUUGUUUUUAUUUCUAUGAUUAUAACUAUUCUUUAUAGGUAAUCUUUUGGAGUUGGUCAUUCCUGAUUGUCGAAUUAUUACGUUGUGGUUCUUUCGAUAGCUGGGAUAUUCUGCUUAGUGGGGUUGGACAUUACAGUAACAUAAAAAUCUUGCAUUGAACAUCUAUCUAUUCGGCGAUAUUUUAGUGGCAGUAUUAUUUUCAAUCAAACAUUUUAAGUAUUGAUUGUUAAACCUCAUAAUAGAUGCCUGGUCACCAAGUGGCCUGGUCACUGAAAAGUCCAUUUUUGUCCUUAAUAAUAUUAUCUCGAGAGCAUUUAGUUUUCUAACUUUCUCUGCUCUUCCUCGCUGAGGGAUGAGGGCUGUUUCCUAAGGACCUUUUGCUCAGGAACUUUGCUGGGGGUGUCCUAACUUACGCUGCUCUUGUAGUGGAUAGAACAUUCUUCCGACCUUAUUUUCUACGUCAUAAACACACGAAAUGUUUCUUUCCCUUUAUUGGCGAGAACGGAGAAGCACCUCAGGUGUCAGGGUGCCUAGCUGUCGACACGGUCCUCCAUCCCAGAGUGAAAAGUUUGUGUACCCCGGUCACAGUGAAAACCAAAACUGCCUCAGAUUUUCAGGGUUUGUCAUGUUGGCGGUCAUCAUUCAGAGUAAACCUGUUAAAAAAUAGUUUGACAACAAGCAAUUAAAAAAAAGAAUUCGAGUACUUGGACUAUAAUGUUUAUUUACAUAUAAGUCAUGUAAAAUGAAUAGUUCACUCCAAAAUUAAACUUGUGUAAUUUUUUUUACUCACCCUUUGUCGAAAAACGAACACUUUCUUUUUAGUCACAUAAAAGUAGUCUGCACUUCUUGUGCGCUAUAUUGUUUAACUGAAGGUACAGACCAUAAUUUAAGUCCGUAUUGACGGACGUUGCUCUCAUUGCUUGAAAUGUUUAAUUCUGUUUUCAAGUCAGUUUAUACAUUCAACACAGCCAGUAUAAGUGAUUUCUUAAAUUAAAAUCAUCUGAUGACAACAUAUAACAACUCCAAUUAAUUUAAUAAUAAUAUUUAGAUAAUUUAAGUAAAUUUUGUUCUGUUCUAUCGUAUAAGUUCAAAUGACUGAAUGUAGUGCUCAAGUUGUGUGAACUACUGUUAUGGUGCAUUUGUGCCCUUUUAAGAAAGAAAAAAACCCUCUUGCAUUUUAAUGGCAUGAGGAAAGACAACCACUUCAAUUUAAGAAACACUGUGUCCACACCAGACGUGUAGAAAAAGUAUCUUGUUCAUGUUAUUUUGAGUUUUUGGCAGGCUACAAUGGAUUCUAUAUUAGAAACGUUGGGUUUUGUUGACGUUGUGCAUCACGUCUGGUGUAAGUCAUACGAGUUUGAAACAACAUUAGGGUGAGUAAAUAAUGACAGUUUUCAUGUUUGGAUGAACUAUCCCUUUAUAUUUGGAGACCACAACAAAUAUUUCUAAAUUCACUUUGCUAUUUGUUUUUUUGUUCUCCCUGUUGGAUAUAUAAGCAAUAUAUCUUUCUUUGUCCUUCUGUUGACCCAGCCAGACAGCUCUCUCACCCAUUUGUUAUUAUAUGGAAAAACUGAUGCAAAGGAUGCUGUCCUUUGAUGCCCUCUCAUCUGGGGAUGCGUGUGAUUCUCAAACAAAGAGUAAAACCAGCUGAAUGUGAUGAUGUCAUAGCUACCACUGUCUGUGCAUAAAGUUUAGUUUGUAUUAACAGGCACCCCCCACCCAAAUGUUUCUCAACUUACUAUGACAGUGUUGGCCUGGUAGCGAAAUUACAAGCAUUACAUGGGCUUUUUCUUUUUUUUCUAAUGUUGCCUUGUUUUGUAGAGGCAGUUCAGUUUCCAGAACUGGAAUUCAAGGAAUGUGAUUGAGUUGACUGAAGACACUACAGAAAACAAAAAAAGGUUUAAUUGUGCUUGUGAUAAAUGUCUGUCCCUCCGCGAUGGCGUCACUUCCGUGCCUGAACUGCAUGUGUGAAAAUGCCACAGUGACGCAUCUGUCGUCUCUGUUCGGCUUGCAGUGCUCGGCUAUGGAACCUGCCUGGGCGGCCAACUGCAGUUAAACUGUUUACCAAAUGUGUGUGGAGAUUUAGAAUCUAUUUUGCAUACGAAAUAUCAAGUUGUCCUGUUUGAGGAAUUAUGGAUUUGUUAUUUUUGUUAAUCCUAUAAAGUAUUGCUCAUGAAGUUAUGCAUCAGUAUCUUUUAAAGAACAUGGGGCAAAACCGAAAAAGGUUUCGGAUUGGAGUUAAAAAUGAGUCCAGUCCUUUGUUUCACAUUUUGUUUUGUUGAAUUGGCAAACACAUGUGAAAGCCAAUGAAUGUAUAUCUUUGUACAAAACCAUUUAGCUCAGAGAUCGUGGUAGUUAUGAUAGACACAUGCAAGGAAGAAUACAAGUAAAAUGACCUUUUAUAAGACUUUUUGUAUUAGAAAAUUAACAUCGGUAAUUUUGUAUAUAUGAAGAGUAGACUUUUUUUUGGUUAGCAGAAAGGUAAAACAUUCCUACAUUUUUUUUAAUGUAUGUCAAUAUGAUUAUGUAAUCACAUUGCGCAAUGUUUUAUGUGCCUUUUAUUUGGGUUGUCUAAAUAAAAGAAAACUGUACAUUAUGGCUUGGCUCAUUCCAUUUAGAAAUUAAUUUUUAUCCCAAACGACCUACAAUGCAUUUAAGUACGCAUUAUUUCAUUCACAGUGUCAUUGUCCAGGGAAUUUUGUGUUGCGAAUGUUCUACUGUGGGAAUAGUAUUUAUGUAGUGCCUUCUCUUUGAAAGAUUUUUCCUGUUGUAAAUUGAUUUAAUGAGAAAUCUUAGUAUAAACAAACCGCAAUAAGCUAUACUCGUCUAAAAUGUUUACAUUUUGUAGUGCUGAUGUAAUGAACUGAGAUAUUGCAGUUAUUAUUAAAUUACAGUGAGCUUAACCAUUUCAUGUCUUUUAUUAGAAUAAAUGAAGAGCAUAAUGAGACCAUGGUGUAGUUUAUUAAAUCAAUGAUAACUUUAACUAAAGAAGCUUGCCACAACAUUUUUUGAAAUGUUAAAAAAUUAUGUAAUUACUUGUUUAUCCAUAUCUUACAAUGUUAGAGAUAGAACGGAGGAUUAGAAAAAGCCUUGAAUCGGUCAUUAAAUGCUUUAUUUAACCACACAUACUUAUACUUUUAAAAUCAUGAGACAACAAUAUGAACAAGAAUUAUAAGUAUACAGUAGUGGCCAAAGGUGAUGUCCAACUUUGUACAGUUGACAUCAUUCUUAAUGCAAAUGUUUUAAUAAAGAUGCUGCAUUUAUGAAAAAUAACCUGGAUCUCAGUUUUGAGAAGAAUUUAAGAAAUUACAACACAUGCAAAGUUUAUGAAGACUUAACUGAGGAGAGUGACUUCAAAAUAUUAUCAAAAGAAGAAUCAACAAAUAUUAAUAUCAGAUACUAUUGUAGUCAUUUUAUCAUAUAUUUGCCUCGAGCGUUUUGUUUUUUAUAUGCAUUUUCUAUUU